UUAGGUAGAAGAAGUAGUUGCGAGAUCACCCGCACCAGAUAAAGCUUCAAUAUCAAAGAUCACUAAAGUCAGGCAUAAACCCUAGACCCACCCAAUUCUCCGUGGGGGUUUCUUCGCAUGCGGGGCAGGUAGCUCGAAAUGGCUUCGUCGGAGAUUGAGGUUGUGUCGUCGGACUCAAAAGCCCACCAAAACCCUAGCGAGGCGCCUGUGAUCGACGUGUUCUCCGCCUGCGCGUACGGGGAUUUUCAGAAAUUGAGGAAGUUCGUUGAAGAAGACGGGGCAUCUCUGUCUCAACCGGAUUUGAAUGGCUACUACGCAAUUCAAUGGGCCGCUCUCAACAACUUCCCUGAUAUCGUGCAGUACAUCAUUGAGCACGGGGGUGACGUCAAUGCGACUGACAACAUGCAACAAACGGCUCUGCAUUGGGUGGCUGUUCGGGGAGCCAUUGCCGUCGCAGAUGUGCUCUUACAGAAUGGAGCUCGGGUUGAAGCAGUUGAUGUAAAUGGGUAUCGGGCAGUUCAUGUUGCUGCUCAAUAUGGACAAACAGCUUUCUUGAAUCACAUUGUUGUGAAGUAUCAAGCUGAUUUCGAUGCACCUGACAAUGAGGGGAGGAGUCCUAUUCAUUGGGCUGCAUAUAAAGGAUUUGCGGAUACAAUAAGAUUACUUCUAUUUAGAGAUGCAUGCCAAGGGAGACAAGAUAAGGAAGGUUGUACACCUUUGCACUGGGCUGCAAUAAGAGGACAUGUGGAGGCAUGCACUGUGCUUGUACAUGCUGGCACGAAACAGGAACUAAUGGUGAAAGAUAAUGCUGGAUUUACUCCUGCUCAGCUCGCGUCAGAUAAAGGUCAUCGGCAUGUGGCUCUUUUCCUUUCUAAUGCACAGCAGGCUCACAGCAACCACUGGUUAGGUAAAUUUUGGAGUGGAAAGAUGGCAGAUAUAGGAUAUGCUCCUAUUCUAUUCUGUACAAUAAUCAUUCUCACGGUUCUCUUCAUCAACUCAGUUCUUGCUGCUCCUAAUCUUACAAAGGUUACUGCUGUUGUUGGACUUUGGGGAUGGACUGCUGUUUCUGUGUCAGUUGGUUCGCUGGUUAUGUUCUACAGGUGUAGUAAGGAUCCAGGUUAUCUAAAAAGACCAGGAGAUGUGGGCUAUCAUAAAGAUACAGAGGAUCUUUUGUUGAAUAUUGAUCUGAACAACUCCUCUAUGUGGACGGGAAACUGGUCUCAACUAUGCCCUACCUGCAAGAUAGUAAGACCUGUUCGAUCUAAGCACUGCCCCAUAUGUAAGAGAUGCGUGGAACAGUUCGACCAUCACUGCCCAUGGAUAUCUAAUUGUGUGGGGAAGAGGAACAAAUGGGACUUCUUUGUUUUUAUCUGCAUGGGAUUUUUGACGUCAUUCCUUAGUGCAGCAGUUGCAAUCCAAAGGAUUUGGACAUCAACACCAGCCUUGUCCUCCGAAGAAACAUGGGUUCAUCAUGUUGUAGUUCAACAUCCUGGUGUUGUUGCCUUUUUGCUCUUCGACUCUGUUAUUUUGCUUGCCUCCACUAUUUUAACCACAUCACAGGCCUCGCAGAUAGCUCGAAAUAUCACUACAAAUGAAUUAGCAAAUGCCAUUCGUUACGGGUAUCUUCGUGGUCCAGAUGGGCGGUUUCAUAAUCCAUAUAACCAUGGGUGCCAAAAAAAUUGUGCAGAUUUUCUCAUUCGUGGCUACACAGAUGAUAAUGAAAUUGCAUGGCCAGCAUUGCAGCAGGUAGCUAGGUAGAGCUAUUGCCAUGAUCUGCAGGUUUACAGCUAUGCUUGGCAUCUUGUUUUCUCUCUACUGUCCUUCAUUGUAGAUGAUGGUGGGUGCCCCCUUGCUAUAGCUGCAACCAUGUUCCAUGACAGGUCCCAUAAUUGUUACAUAUAAACCAUUCAUCAGUUAUAGUUUAUCAUGUGUACAAUUGAAUAUGAUGAGAUAGAAAAGAAAUGAAAACUUUUGAUUUUGUUGUUUUA